CGUUGCUAUGACAGCAAAAUACACAUGUUUCCUUUGUAUAUUAAAGCUUUGUGAUAUAUACCUAAUUAUUUUACAAAAAACCACUUUAUAAAAGGAUAAAAUCAAAGUAUGACCAUGAAUAUUAAUAUUGACGAAGUUUUGACCGCGUUAGGAUGGCAAGAUGGAUUUCGAAUACCGGUAGCAAACGAAGAGAAUAAACAAAUAGAAGAAGAAAUUGAAAGAAAAAUCAAAUUAAAAGUAAACUUGACCACGAAACUGCAAACCACAGAGGAACGAAUCAAAAUGAUGGAAAAACGUAUCAAUAAUUUAAUGACGGAACAAGAUAUGAAUCAAAAUAUUAUAAAUACUCAUUCGGUACAACUUGAAAACGAAGAUCAUCAUUACCGCCUGAGUUGUAGCACUGAAUCCAACCUUCGUCAAGAAGCGCGAAACUUUGAGAAAGAAUGGAAAUCGGUGAAUGAGACAGUAUCAAAUAUUGAAACAGAAUUGGAAAAAAUGACGAAAAAAAUAGAAAGUUCUAAGGAAACAAUUAAAUAUGACGAAAAGGGAUUACGAGAACUGGAGGAAAUGUUAAGUCAGAAUGAAGAUAAUAAUCAAUUAAUAGAACAAUAUAUAAAGGAAGAUUUAAAAGAGUACAAAGAACUAGAACUAAAAAGGCAGAAACUUAGCACGGAAUUACAGUCGUAUCGUGACACGAUCAUUAAAAUAACUAAUGAGGCCCAAGAGAUGAAUAUUAUUCUUAGUAAAACAUCGACAUUGUAUGAUCAAACAUUAAUAGAAUAUCAACAGAUUUUUAAUCAAUGGAGUGAGAGUGUAACUAUGUUACAGCAAAGAAAUAAUGAUAUUAAAAAUUCUAUUCAAGAAAUUGAAACAUUACACGAGAUUACACAGGGUAAAAAAAAAGUACUUGAAGAAUCAGAACAGUUUUUAAAAGAACAAAACGAAAAUAAUAAACAAAUUGAAGAAUCAAUUAAAAAAUUGGAGAAAGAUCUUUUUAGAAUGAAAGAGGAACAACAAAAAUUGAAAGAAACGUUUGGUACAUAUGAAAACCAAUUAAUUAUACACAACAAUAACGCGAAGAAAUUAACUCAGCAUAUGCAACAAAUGCAAGCAGAUAUAAAACAUAAAGAAUCACAAAUUCAAAAAAAAUACACGAAACUGGAAUACGUGAAUAAACAAGUGUCUGAUUUAACUAAAAAAUUACAUAGUAUUGACAAUCAGAAAACAGGUAUAGAAGAAAAAGCAAAGGAAGUGGAGAAUAUGAUCGCGGAGCAAGAAAAAAAGAAGUCCAAGAUAACGAAAGAAAUAAAUCGUUUACAAGCAGGAAAUUUACGUGUAAUUAAUCAAAUAAAAGAUUUAGAGAACGAGAAUAAAAUUCUAAAGAUGCAAUAUCAGAAGGAGCUUAAAAAAUUCGAAUAUUUAAACAAAUUAUAUACUAAGGAUGAACAAGUAUUCGAGGAAAAGAAAGAAGCAUUAUAUAUGGUUGAAUUCGAAUUACAAAAAGCUGAGAUGAAAUUAGACAGAUUAAGAGGCAAUGAGUAUGAUAAGACUGAGGUAGAAAGAAAGCAGCAAAAUAUUGAAGAGCUACAAAAUGUCUUAAAGGAGAAAAUGAAAAUAUCCAAGUUACUACAGAAACAAAUUACAAGUUUAGAAGAUGAGAUGAGAAAAAUGUCAAAUAAUUUAGCAAAUGACAACAAUGAAUUGGAGUCUUUAAAAAAUAAAAGACAAGAUCUUGUUCUUCUUAUGAAUGCUGGAGAAAAAGAACUAAAAUCCGCUCAAAAUCGUUAUGAAGAGAAACAAGUAGAAGAGAGUAUGUUAAGACUUAAGGUAUCACAAAUGGAGAAGACAAUAUCUAAUCUUGGAAACAAUGUAUAUGACUUGGAAAGACAUCAGCUUGAAUUAGAAGCUGCGGUACGGGAGCGCAAAGCAGAAAUUGCAAUACAGAAAGAAUCACUAGUAAUUCAGAAAAGAGUUGCUAGUAGCGAAUGUUCGGAAUUAAGAUCUGCUAUUGCCGAACGAAACAUACGAAUAAAACAGUUACAGGCAAGAUAUGAUAACUAUGUAGCUAUGUUAGGUACUAACACUGAUGGUACCCCAGUAAAUACUACCCAUCUGAAGAUCCAAAAUGCACAAGAAAAAUACCUUUUACAAGAAGAAGGUGAUAAAUUAGAUGAAACAAUAAGAAAAACUGAACAAGAAAUACAAGCUAUGGAAAAUACAUUAAGAAUAGUAAAUGCUUGUAAUGACAAAUAUAAAGCUACUUUGAAUGUAGAGGAGGAUAAAUCUGAAACAGAAGAACACAAAAAGUUAGAUAAUGAACUCCAAAAUGCAGAGAAAGACUUAAAACAAAAACAAGAACAAUUACAAUCUUUAACUGAAGAUAUGCAGAAAAUGCAAGAGGAUUAUGCAAAAAUUCUUAAAGAUAUAGAAGAAACUCAAGAGUAUAAAGAAAAUAAAAAUCAAUAUUUAACUAACUUAAAACAACAGAUCCAAGAACAAAAGGAAAAAAUAUCUAGAGCUGAUAAAAAUUUGCAGAAUGCUAAGAAAGGUAUUCAAAAAAUUUUUAUGAAUACUGGAAACAAAACAUUAAUUAUACAAGAGAAAGAGGUACAACUACGUGAACUUCAGGAACAAAAUUCUAUUGUUUUACAAGACAUUGCAGAAUUUACAAUUCAUCAUAUAGAAACUGAAGCUUAUAUCAAGAAACUUUUAGCAGUUAAAAAUAUAGAAUUACCUUCUGUUCCAAUACUUAAUCAGUCACCAGUAUCAAGUCAAUGUCAUAGUAGUGCAAACUCAGUGGUAUGUGUGCCAAAAAGUACAAAUCGUGGAAGUAUUUGUGGAUCAUCAAGAGGAAGUAUUGGACAUGUUGUCAACAUAGAACCUGAGUUUGAAACUGCUUCAGCAACUAAUUCGUCGAAACAAAGUAUAAGGCACAAACAGCAAUGCGUGAAACAUUCUCUACAAACGCAAUCAACAAAAAGAACUUUUUAAUUUUUUGUAAUAUAUUACAUACAAAUAUAUUUUUUAUUCAUUGUAUUCGUCUGCAAAAAAUAAA